GCCUGAGCAGCCGCGGAGGCCGCGCUACGGAGCAUCCUGGAGGAGGCGCCUGGCCACCGGGAGGUUACACCUAUUCUUUGUUGCAAAUUAAAUGGCCAAAACAGACAAGUGGAAUUAGCCCUUGCUGUAGUGAAUUCGUUUUCUUCUCAGAAUUGACCCAUUUAUGAUGAAGUGGCCUAUAAGAGUGUGAUUUUUACUUAUUUGGUGGCAGUCUUAUACAGCUAAGACUACCCUCAAACUUAAGAUUGUCCUGGUGUAAUCUUCAGAGUGCUGGGAUAAUAGGAGCAGUGGAGAUCUGCCUGCCUUCAUUUUCCCUGUGCCUUGAAGUGGGAACUGAGGCAUAUUGAUUACAUGUGUGGCAAGCUAUCCCUAAGGAGACCCCUCACCAGCAACUGACUUAGACUGGACAUACUAGUUUUCUUUGCCAGGCCACAGAAAAUACAAGCAUAUAGUAACCAUUUGCUAUGGAAGCCCGGGAGCAUGGGGGACCUGCCCCUACCUACCACCUCCUCACCUCAGCUAGCCAGCCCAGGAUGGAAGAGGAUGUCAGCUUGCCAUCUAGAGAGAACUCAGAAACUGUGCAGCUGAAGAAGGAAAUCUCCUUGCUGAAUGGGAUCAGCCUGGUGGUGGGCAACAUGAUUGGCUCAGGGAUCUUUGUCUCACCCAAAGGAGUAUUGGCACACACGGCCUCCUAUGGCUUGUCACUAGUUGUCUGGUCCAUUGGUGGACUCUUCUCUGUUGUGGGUGCCCUUUGCUAUGCAGAGCUGGGGACCACCAUUACCAAGUCAGGGGCUAGCUAUGCUUAUAUUCUAGAGGCCUUUGGGGGCUUCAUUGCCUUCAUCCGCCUGUGGGCCUCACUGCUAAUUGUUGAGCCCACCAGUCAGGCCAUCAUCGCCAUCACCUUUGCCAACUACAUCAUCCAGCCCUCCUUCCCCACGUGUGAUCCCCCCUAUGUGGCCUGCCGUCUUCUUGCUGCUGCCUGCAUCUUGAACACCUGUAUUACUUACCAGUGUGGACACUCUGGGCACUUCAUGAACUCCUUUGAGGGUUCCUCCUGGGAUAUGGGGAACCUCUCUCUUGCCCUCUACUCUGCCCUCUUCUCUUAUUCAGGUUGGGACACCCUUAAUUUUGUAACAGAAGAAAUAAAAAACCCAGAAAGAAAUUUGCCCUUGGCCAUUGGGAUUUCUAUGCCAAUUGUGAUGCUCAUCUACAUCCUGACCAACGUUGCCUAUUACACAGUGCUGAGCAUUUCAGAUGUCCGUAAUAGUGAUGCUGUGGCUGUGACAUUUGCUGACCAGACGUUUGGCAUGUUCAGUUGGACCAUCCCUAUUGCUGUUGCUCUGUCCUGCUUUGGGGGCCUUAAUGCAUCUAUCUUUGCUUCAUCAAGGUUGUUUUUUGUGGGCUCCCGUGAGGGCCACCUCCCAGACCUUCUGUCUAUGAUCCACAUUGAGCGUUUCACACCCAUUCCUGCCUUAUUGUUCAAUUGCACCAUGACACUCAUCUACCUCAUUGUGGAGGACGUUUUCCUUCUCAUCAACUACUUCAGCUUCAGCUACUGGUUCUUUGUGGGCCUUUCUGUUGUCGGACAACUCUACCUUCGUUGGAAGGAGCCCGAGCGGCCCCGGCCUCUCAAGCUGAGCCUGUUUUUUCCCAUUGUGUUCUGCCUAUGCUCCAUGUUUCUGGUGAUCGUGCCCCUCUUCAGUGACGCCAUCAAUUCUCUCAUUGGCAUUGGGAUUGCCCUGUCUGGGGUCCCUGUCUACUUCAUGGGUGUUUACCUGCCAGAGUCCCGGAGGCCAUUGUUUAUCCGGAAUGUCCUGGCUACUAUCACCAGAGUCACCCAGAAGCUUUGCUUUUGCGUCCUGACUGAGCUAGAUAUAGCUGAAGAGAAAAAGGUUGAGAGGAAAACUGACUAGAGGCCAAAGAUGACAUCCCUAAAGCCCAGAAGGUUGUGGCCACAACCACCAAGAUAAGACUGGGGCCAACCCUCCUGAAUUAAAAGAGACUGUAAGGGGGGCUCAGGGCUAAUGCUUUCCAGUUGGUAAGCUAUGGAAGGAUACUCAGGGUUCAGGCCAGCCUGAAGGUGGGGACCAUAGGAUAGAGGGGAAGCUGAGAUGCAGGGGAAUGGUGGUUUAGUUUUGCUCCUGGUGGGUAGGUACAGCCAUGACAAACCUUGGUGAGCUGCAGCAGGGGAAGAUGAAGUGCUAGGUUGAUUCUGUGCUGGUGACUCACCAGCACAGGUUUGAACCAGGAGUCUCUACAGCGGAGCUUCUUUAUGGGAAGUCUUCCUCUAAUUAGGUGCAAUCACCUGACUUUAGAAACCUGAAAUGAUACCAUUUCUUCCUGUAAUUCAGACUUCUUUCCUCAGGAGAGAAUUGCAUUCCUGCUUGUUGGAUGGUUGAGGUGACAUGAAUAGCAAAACUGAUUUAAUUGAUAUGGGAACCAUGUGUAUCUCUGUUCCUGAAUUUCAUGAGGACCUUGUGUUGGAAUUUCACUCAAAACAAACAGGCUUGAUGGCAGGGGAUUAUUUCAGGGUCUCAGCUGGGCUCACUGAACAUUUUUGUCAAGACUGGUUUCUCAGCUGUGGGUCUGUAUGUCUGGGAAGCCACAGCUCCCAUUUUAUACAGAUUAUGCAUCUCCAUGAGGAGGUCCUGACUUUGCUUGGAUCAUGUCCACACUCUGGUUAAAAUCCUUAUGAAGAUAGGCAAAUUACCAGCUUUAUAAUGAGUUGAUCUUGGUUACCUCACUGUGCCCCUCCUAGAUGGAAACAUGACCCAUGAAGGUCCUGAAAGAAAGGCAGGGAAAAUGCUGCAGCUGGAGAGAAAGCAGCUCUGCAGCUAACUAGACAUGCUACUGCUGCCACCAAAUUCAAACUCCUGAAUUCGUUAUUUUUCAUUGAAACCACCAAUUGUAGCUGAACAUCAGCAUUCAUUUGUUUACAGGAUAUAAUAAGCUGAUUAUGUUUAAAAAUUCAAGAACCCCAAAUGCAGUCUCUCUUCUCCUAGGGAUGUCUCAGUAUGGUGGCAGGUCAGGUUCUGGCUGCAGAUUUUAUACUAAGUUUCCCACAAUCUUCCAUUGAGUCUUACCCAGAAAGGUGAACUUUUUAAGAUCAUGUACCUGAUUACACUUUAGAUGUCACAUUACUAGCAUCUGGCUCAGAUACAGCAAAGACAGAUGGACAAUGAUGAUGAGUCCUAAGUCUGGUAAUAAUUAUUUUGAAGGAUAACCCUAUGAAACCUUAGGUCUUUGUUCUAGUUGAUAGUUGAUCUCUGGGUUUCUAUAAUGAACUUUAAUAGGGCUGGAAUGUUCUGGAAUCCAGGUGAAUCACCUGCAUUCUACCAGUUGUCAUUGACUUGGGGAACAUUUUACAGACCCAUGUCAUUAAAUAGCUUGUUCUCUGUAAGGCCUGCUAUGCAGACCCAGGCAAGCCCACCUUGGUGCUGGAAGCGAUCAUUUUCUUUUUUGGAAAACCUUACCCCAGGCUGCAUUCUCUCUUCUGUCCCCGGCACCAGGUUUUAUUUACACUCCAGACUACCUUGGUGGGUCUUGGGAUAGUGCAUUCCUCAUCUGCAUGCCCUCCCUCCCUCCUGGUGGAACUGCUGUUUCAACCUCAAUCUGACUUCCCAGCAAACUGCAAAAGUGGAAGCAACUAAUUUUGGUGCUCAAGCUGGGCUACUGGGUAAGGCUAGAACAACAGACUUGGCCUAUUUGGAUCUUCCUUCAUGGGCUGUUGCAUUGGAUUGUACAACUGUUCUGGAAUGCUCCCAUACAUGGAAUGCUCCACUGUCAUUUCCCCUGAAGAACCUGUUGGCUUGACAUACCUACCCUACAGACAAUCUCCCUCUCUAUUCAUUCAUCAAACUGGUCCCAGUUGCAGAGUAAGCUUAAAAAACAUUUAUUUGUUCAAUAAAGAUUUAGGGGAGUAUGAUCA